ACGUACGUCCGCAUUGAUAACGGAUAUCAGUUUUUAUUUUUUCGUCUGAUAGCAUAAUGUUAUCGGCGUAGUUCUGUUAUAUUUUUUUCUAAUUUCGUAAAUAAUUAUUAUUCUCUAGAGACCAGAGACUAAAGGUAUCGUAAAUUCUUGAACAUAAUCCGUCUACCACAAUAUUGAUUAACCACCUUCAAUAAUUUUCCGGUUCUUCUUCACGAUGCAGAGCCCAACGUCAAUGGUCUUGAGACAUUAUUGGCGACGUCGUUGUGUGCGUUAUGCGUCAAGUGCACCGAGUUUUGACUGGGAAGAUGCACUUAAUCUUGAUCACAAUUUAACAGAUGAAGAACGACAAUUGAAGACCUCAUUCAGGGACUUUUGUCAGAAAGCACUUAUGCCCAGAAUAUUGAAAUCGAACCGCGAUGCCGUGUAUGAAAAAGAAGUACUCAAAGACAUGGCAUCAAUGGGCGCGUUGGGAUGUACUAUUGGAGCCUACGGUUGUACCAAAGUGUCACAGGUUGGAUACGGUCUCAUCGCUAGAGAAGUGGAAAGAGUCGACAGUGCAUAUAGAUCCGCGUUGAGCGUCCAGUCGUCACUCGUUAUGCAUGCGAUCCACGCGUACGGAACCGAAGAGCAGCGGGAACGAUACCUACCACGUCUUGCUACCGCUGACUUGGUAGGCAGCUUUUGCCUUACCGAACCAAACGCUGGCAGUGACAUUGGGAAGAUGGAGAGCAAGGCAAGAUACGACUCGGACACCAAAUCGUACAUCUUGAACGGAGCUAAGAUGUGGAUAACAAACGCACCUGUAGCCGACGUAUUUGUUGUGUGGGCUAAGUGCGACGAUGGCCGCGUUCGAGGGUUCUUGGUGGAUAGAGGCACAGCUGGUUUCUCAACCUCCGUCAUACCAGGAAAAAUGUCACUGAGGGCGUCUAGUACUGGCUCUGUGUACAUGGACAAUUGUGUGGUGCCCGAGGACAGCCUUUUGCCCGGCGUUUCGGGUAUGGGAGGUCCUUUUAGCUGUUUGAACCACGCCCGUUACGGAAUCGCGUGGGGUGCUUUCGGAGCGGCUGAAGCGUGCUUGGCUGUUUCCCGAUCGUACUGCCUGGAUCGUAAGCAAUUCGGCAAACCGUUGGCUGCCACGCAAUUGAUCCAAAAGAAAUACGCUGACAUGGUCACCGAGAUAUCUAUCGGCUUGUUGGCGUGUUUGCAAGUUGGCAGGUUAAAGGAACAAGGAUUGGUCACACCGGAAAUGAUAUCGUUGAUAAAGAGAAACUCUACCGGUAAAGCGUUGGACAUUGCGAGGUGGGCGAGGGACACGCUCGGAGGAAACGGUAUUAGCGACGAAUACCACGUGAUCAGACAUCUCAUAAAUUUGGAAACCGUUAACACCUACGAAGGCACCUACGAUAUCCACGGUCUGGUAUUGGGCAGAGCGAUCACUGGUAUACAAGCUUUUCAAUAGCUGCUGAAACCUAAACUUCGGAGAGACACGCUUAAAAAAAUGCCGAUUCUAAAUUAUAAAAUGUUACCGAGCAACUAUCCAUUCACCACUGUAGCUAUCGUCUAAUGACCGUUAUAAAUACCAUAUGGUGGAUGUAUAUUGACAGUCUUUUAAUUUUGUGGGUAUUAUAAGUUAUUAUACGUAUACCGUUUUGUUAAUAAUAUAUAUUUACUUUGUGCCUAAUAAAAUAUUUUUAUCUUUAA